UGCCGCGCAGUUGCAGCGACCCGCCAAGACUAUCUCCCACCAGUCGGAGUGUUCAUUAAGCUGCUGGGAAGACGACACCGACAGGCGGGUUGCCGGGGUCGUCUGGUCGAAUACAUCUGACUGAGCAAACUCUUGGUUUCAAUGGAAGCGGACGGUUUCAUGUCCCGGCGAACGUCCGUGGAUACACCGGGCGUCGACAGCCGGGUCACAGGCGCUGCAGCCGGCGCAGAGUUCCGAAUGCUGGGCGGGAGGCUAUUGGACGCUACGGGGGGGUUUGUUGGGUCUUUUUCACCAAGAAUGGCAGGGGAACACGACUUUGUCCCGAUGCUGCAUCGGGCAACGCCGGAGAUCUCGACCUCUGUCGAGCCAGAAAUAGACUAUGAAGGACUGCCUCAAGGAGCAGCCACCAGCACACACAUGCUGGCAGGAGCCGUGGCUGGAAUCAUGGAGCAUUGCCUUAUGUACCCCAUCGACUGUGUCAAGACUCGCAUGCAGAGCCUACACCCCGAGCCGGGAGCGCGCUACAGGAACGUGAUGGACGCCCUGCGGCAGAUCGUGCGAACCGAGGGCGUGUGGCGACCAAUCAGGGGCGUGAACGUGUUGGCGGUGGGGGCAGGACCUGCACACGCUCUCUACUUCGCUUGCUACGAGAAGAUCAAGUUCUCGCUCAGCGACGCUAUUCAUCCUGGCACCAACAGCCACUUUGCAAACGGAGUGGCGGGCUGCAUGGCCACAGUGCUGCACGACGCCAUCAUGAACCCAGCUGAAGUUGUCAAACAGCGUAUGCAGAUGUUCAACUCCCCGUACCGCGGCGUGUUGGACUGCGUGGGCGCCAUGCUGAGGCGUGAGGGCCCCGCUGCGUUCUACCGCAGCUACACCACCCAGCUGACCAUGAACGUGCCCUUCCAAGCGCUCCACUUCAUGACCUACGAGUACCUCCAGGAGCUGCUCAACCCUCACAGACAGUACAACCCUUCCUCUCACGUCGUGUCGGGCGCGCUGGCCGGAGCCGUGGCCGCCGCCGCCACCACGCCGCUCGACGUCUGCAAGACCCUCCUCAACACGCAGGAGGCUCAGGCCAUUCACGUGAUCCAGACGGAGGCGGCGACAGCAGGCGGAGCGGUUGGAGCGGCCACUGCCUCGGCCGCCGCCGGCAGCCGCCACAUUUCUGGCCUGGGUGAGGCUUUUCGGACGGUGUACAGGAUGGGAGGCAUGCCGGCCUUUUUUAAGGGCGUCCAAGCCCGCAUCAUCUACCAGAUGCCCUCCACUGCCAUCAGCUGGUCCGUCUACGAGUUCUUCAAAUACAUCAUCACCAAGCGCCAGCACGAGAGGCGGCUGCGUGGAGAUCGGGAUGGAGACAAAUAAACGCCUGGCGACAGGAUUGGGUAUCAGCAAAACAAAGGUUUAUUGCACCAUACUGAUCAGUGGCGUCGGUAUUGAUUCCUAAACAUCUGAAGAAUUAAAAAGCUCUUAGAUCCUCUGAGCAAAAAGUAAGCUUAUAUCUCGUUUACUGAUAUCAAUUAUAAUGAUAUCUGACGUAGUUCAUGGCAGGUGAGGACACAGAACUGAGUCGAGGCCUUCGUUAGAUCUGGGGUUGACAAAAAUGUGCAUCAGUACCUAUGCAUAAGAGGAAGGCCUUGACGUGGCAGGAAGUUCUGGUUCCAACUGUUUAUUCUAGUGUUCGAUUUGACAAACUCCCCUCAUUGGCUUUCUAGAAGGGAAAAGAAACUGUGGAGCAAAGCAAAAGUAAAGUUGAAUUUGUCCCUGUGGAUGAGAAAUGUUGACUUCCUCCCAACCCAGUGCAGUUAGUAAGAAUCCAGACGUUUCUGACUCCAGCUUCAGUUUGAUUCACUUCCAGUUAAUUUAUUGUAGCAGUUUUCUGCAUACGGCCUAAAAUGAUUUUUAUUUUAAAGUCCUACAAGGAAAAAGCUCAGAGGCACCGUUUAGUUUCAGUUCAGUGUGUUUGAGCCAAAACAAAAAAUAUAUCCUCAAAUACUUCACCGUUAACUAACACAGCUCCUGAAACUCCAUGUUGGACGGAAAGUAGUGUUUCCAUGCUGCUUUCUGACCACAGGGGGGCGCACUGUGCAACCACUAAAACAUGGACAAACAUUUGGAGGCUCCAGAAGCAGAAACUUGCAGCUUUGUAGUCUUUUCCCCUUAAAAAAAAAUCAUUCUUUAGUAUUAGAGUAUUACUUCUUCUUUAUCAGAUGCAUUCAAGUUUGAUUCCUCUAAUUUUCAGAUACUUAAAUAAUAAAGAAGAAUAUAUUUUAAAGGGAGCAAACUCCUUUUGUCCGCGUUGACUUACAGAAUCUAUAAAGUCAAAUCAGUCGUGCCACUGUGCAGCAAUUCUCUACAAAGCAAGGAACAACACUAGUUUUCAUUUUAAAUGGAUUAAGGAACCCCCUGAAGUCACUCGGACCCCUCUGUCACAUGGGUGAGCCUGUAAGGUGUUUGCUCAGUUUUAGAGUCAGAUUUAGUUUGGCGCUUGAAAAUACUCAAGUAUUCAGCACUUGAGCGGAACAGGUAUAAGUGUGUGAGUGUGAGUGUGUGUGAGUGUGUGUGAGUGUGUGUGAGUGUGUGUGAGUGUGUGUGAGUGUGUGUGUGGAGCGACUCUGAGCAGACUUGAUCUCAGCACGGCUUCACUAUGCUUUCCACUGCUCGUAUUGACCUUAAAAGGAAAACACAGCAACAUAAAUUACUUCAGAUUUGGGUAAAAUAAAUAUGAGUGAGUGACUGUUUUCUGUUGCACAUAAAAGCCUCGUGCGUUUUUCACGUUUGAUUACGUUCUGAUCGGAGCCGUUAAAGGAUUCGUUACCGAUGAGCUUGAUUUUAAAUUUAAUUCUGUUUUCAGAAACAAAUCCAUCGAAUGGAAGUUGUUGCACGUUACUCUCUGAAACACAGUGCAAUGAAACACCUAAAAAACAAACAAAGUAAAAGCCCUUGAUUAACUAAAUUCAACAAACUGGAAACUAUAUUUAAGUUAAGUUUCAUGCUCAUGAGGAGCUCGUUCUGCAUAUUGAAAGUCACAUUUUAUUUAUUUCUUUGGUUUCUUUUUUUUUAAUUGCACAGCAUUUGAGCACUUGAAAGCUCCUUCUUUAUUCCAUUUAGGACAAGAAUGAACUUUGAAAAUACGACAUCCGCAGUGAAUGACGCGUCUACUUCUAAACAUGCCUUCAGUCAGCCGCCGUACAGCCAGCACACCGGAGAGUUCUCAGUGAGACGUAACGUUGGGUUUUGAAGCCAUAAAACAUAAAGACAUUGUACAUAAUUAUAUAUAUUUAAAUAUAUAUAUAAAUAAAUAAAUAUGGGCAAAUAUAAUGUAGGCAAAACCUCUAAGCAGCUGAGUUUUGAGGCUUGUAUGUUCAGUGACACAAAUAUGAAGUUGUACAAGUUUUAUCGAGGCUAUGCUGUAAAAAUGCAAGUUUUUGUAACGCACAAGUUUCCUCGUGUGGAAGGUAGCAAAACGGAGAACCUGGAUUAUUUUCAAAUCAAACAGACCAUACGUGUGUGUGUGUGUGUGUGUGUGUGUGUGUUGGGGGGGAGGGGAGAAUAAAUGGCUAUUUAAAAAGGAUUGUAGGAGUGUUCCUCGUGUGUGUGGAGCCAAGUUUCAAAAUUGGGAAACCAAAGACUGAGAGCAAUAGAGAGAGCAGACAGGAGAGGAACUGGUGGUUUGUCAGACGACGACGACACUAAUGUGAAAUGCUUGAACACUGUUUGAAAGCGACACCUGUAUUUUGUGAAUUGUAAAUAAACUCGCUAAGGCAGCUCCUCGCAGAAGCAGGGUCUUCUCUUGGUGCUGGCUCUCCAAGCGCUGAGAGACUACGA